AUGACCUCUCCAAUAUACCAGAAGAACCCAAAACCAUCUGCUCUGCUAGCUCUCACUCACCCUGGUUGGACCCAAGCUAUGUUUGAUAAAUUGCAAGCUUUGUAUGCUAACAAUACAUGGACUCUUGUUCCUCGUGAUUCCUCUAUGAUUGCUCAAACUACUAAUGGCCUUACCUUGACCCAAACUAAAUAUGCUCUGGACAUUUUAGACCAUGCUCAAAUGAUUGACUGUAAGCCCAUGGGCACUCCCAUGAUGGCUAAAACCAAAGGCCUUCAGUCAACAACGCCUUUCUCAGACCCAGCCCAUUAUCGCAGCCUUGUUGGUGCUCUCCAGUAUCUUACUCUUACUCGUCCUGACCUUGCAUACAGUGUUAAUUUUGUAUCUCAAUUUAUGCACUCUCCUAUUGAAGCUCAUUUUAAAAUGGUCAAACCUAUUCUUAGAUAUGUGAAAGGUACAAUUGAUUUUGGACUUCAUUUCAGUUCUAAUUCUACACUUGAUCUUUAUGCCUUUUCUGAUGCAGAUUGGGCUGGUUGCUCUCUCAUCCAAUGCUCUAUGACCGGUUAUUGUGUCUUUCUUGCCAGGAACUGUAUUUCUUGGUCUGCAAAGAAGCAACAUAUUGUCUCUCGCUCGAGUAUUGAAGCUAAAUAUAGAGCUAUGGCCCAAACCACCGUUGAACUCACUUGGAUUUCCUUUCUGUUUCGUGACCUCGACAUCAAGCUACACACACCACCUUUAUUGCUUUGUGAUAAUCUUAGCGCCCUUACAUGA